AUGUCUGCAGAUCCUUCGACAUCUGCGGUGCCGCUGGGGCUGAAAUACUGCCAUGAGCCACUUGAAGAUUCGGAAACAAGCAUCCGCCCCUUGCAGCUCAAGGAUGACCAAGAGGGAACUCAAUUGCAGCUUUCACUGCGCAGCUGGCGCCUGAGCGACGUUCCGCAUUAUGCCACGCUGUCGUACACCUGGGCUGACAAGGAGGAUACGCGCGAUGUUCUGGUCAAUAAUGCCGUCUUUGUGAUUACGAAGAAUUGCUGGCUCGCUUUGACACGACUGCGCAAGCUUGCAAAGGAAUCAAACUACUUCUGGAUCGACGCGAUUUGUAUCAAUCAACUAGACGAACGCGAACGAAGUGCUCAGGUGAACAUCAUGGGCAGGAUUUACCGCGGCAGCUCUGUCACGUACGUCUUACUGAGUGAACAUGGGCUUGCCGGCCGGUAUCUCUUCGAAGAUAUGCCCUUCCUCACAGCAGCAGGAUACAAUGCUUCUCAGUCGUAG